CGUCAUGAUAAUGGUUCAGACUCAAGAACCAGCUCUAGUUGUGAAUUAUCUAUCGCCACAAGUGCACAAGUACAGCUUGACAAAUAAUUAUAAUAAGACAAAUUCAAAAGAAAAUCUAUACAUUUUCUUUUUAAAAGAUCGAAAUCACUUCUUUGAAAACUACAAAUACUAAAUUAAAAUUAUCUUCAAUAAAAAGCCUAAUGUUUAAAAUGCACUAAAUACUUGAACUGAUUUGAAAGAAAUUUUCAAAAAUGGCUCCGACGCUCUCAUUGGCAAUUAUUGUUAUCGUUGUUAUCAUCAAUAGCGAGAAAAGUGAUGGUGCACGAAUUUUGGGGAUAUUUCCGCUUCACGGAAAAAGUCAUUUUGUUAUUUGCGAGCAACUAAUGAAAACUUUGGCCCAAAAAGGACAUCAAGUGGAUGUGAUUAGCCACUUUCCUCUAAAGAAACCUGUUCCUAAUUAUAAGGAUUAUAGCUUGGAAGGCACGCUGCCACAAAUUAUAAACAAUAUUUCUUUCGUUGAAAUUCAAAGUAUAUCUUCCGGAAAUUUGGCGCAUUUUAUGGAUAUUUGUGGAGAUAAAAUUUGUGAAUUGUUAAAACAUCCAACGCUCAACAACAUUAUCAAAAAUCCGCCAAAAGAUCCGCCUUAUGAUCUCGUCAUCGUAGAGAUUUUUGCUGCUCAUUGUUUUUUUGCUUUUUCGCGAUUUUUGAAUGUUCCAAUGAUCGGCGUUACAACCGCGGCAAUUUACGAUUGGGCAAAUGAUCCUUUAGGAAAUCCUUCAAAUCUUGCAUUUUCACCUGGAGCUUUCACCAGUUUGCCAAAUAAAAUGAAUUUUUGGGAACGUCUGCAGAACGUGAUUUUCGUCCAUAUAGCCAAGUAUCAAUUUAAUUAUUAUUCAGGUUUGCAAAAAAAGUACGUGGAUGAGUAUUUCGGACCAGGAUAUCCGAGCAUUUAUGAAAUGUCAACAGAAUUUUCUUUGGUAUUUGUGAAUUCGCAUUAUAGUUUAAAUGGAAUAAAACCAUUUACUCCAGGAAUUGUGGAAGUUGGUGGUUUACACAUAGAAGACAAAAAAGAAGUUCUGAUACCGGAACUAAAAAAAUGGUUGGAUGAAAGUAAAGAUGGAUGCAUAUAUGUAAGUUUUGGAUCAAUGGUAAAAAUUGAAUCAUUCCCCAAAGAAACUCUAGAAAUUUUUUAUUCUACUUUUAAAAAUAUAGCACCUGUGCGUGUUUUAAUGAAAAUUGCUAAACCAGAAGAAUUGCUGCCGGGACUUCCGGAAAAUGUGAAAACUUACCAUUGGCUGCCACAGAUUCAAAUUUUAAAGCACAAAAAUGUUAAAGCCUUUGUAACACAUGGCGGAUUAAUGGGAACCCUGGAAUCGAUUCAUUGUGGAGUUCCGAUGGUUGGGUUCCCUCUGUUUGGCGAUCAAAUGAAAAAUAUAAAUUCGUAUGAAAAAAAGAAAAUUGCUGUUUCUUUAGACUAUAAAAGUGUGACUGAAAAGAAAUUCACAAAUGCUUUGAAUACGGUUUUGAAAAAUCGUGAGUACAGAUAUAAUAUCGAAAAGAUAUCCAAACUUUAUUACGACAGAAAUAUGAGUCCUAAAGACACAGCCGUUUUUUGGACAGAAUAUGUCUUAAGACAUGGAAAUGUGCUUAGGUCACCAGCUGCAGAUUUAAAAUGGUAUCAAAUCCAGUUAUUGGAUGUUUAUGGUUUUAUAUUAUUUACUACUCUAUUAGUGCUUUACGUAGCAUUAUUUAUUAUUAGAAUUUUCCUUAAGAUAAUUUUUCGUGCAAAAAGAGGAGAUAAAGAUGGACUCUUAUCGAAGAAAAGAAAGUAGUGGAUCAGAAAAAAUAAGGCUCAUUGUGUUUAGAAUUAUUUAUAAACAUCAUAAGAAUCAAAGUUUAUAAGUUUUUCUUUUAGAUACGUAAAUAGUAUUUUUGUAUGGCACUUAUAUUUUGUAAAACACAGAGAUAUUCAAGUUAGGCUGUAUAAAAUAAAAAAAGUUAAUUAA